GUUGCUGAAUAUGUGUCUUAUUCUUUUCAGGACUCCCCACCAAAGCCAGAUGUGGAGCAGAAGCUCCGCUCCGCCUCCAGCGUGGAUGAACUGAUGAGUCUCAUUUAUCCGUCGUAUUGGGCUGCUCUUAAGUGCAGAUCCAAGAUGUCUGCGGCCAAACUGUCCCUGCGGCCGCAACUUCACCGACUGAGGCCUCUGACUGAAGCAGAGGAGCUGACAUAUGGUGCCGCCUACCUCAAUCUAGAUGUCCUGAAAAGUAUAGAGUUGGAGUGGAGGAGAACUCAGUGCAUGCCCAGGGAAGUGUGUGUCGAUGUGGGCAGGGAGUUCGGAGCUCCUACCAACAUAUUCUAUAAACCGCCUUGUGUGUCCGUGUACAGAUGUGGAGGAUGCUGCCACUCUGAAGACAAACAGUGCAGGAACAUCUCCACUGGUUACCUCAGCAAAACUCUGUUUGAAAUCUCGGUGCCGAUCAGCCAAGGCACCAAGCCGGUGACCAUCAGUGUGGCCAACCACACCCAGUGCAGCUGUCUGUCCAAGCUGGAUGUUUACAAGCAGGUUCACAGCAUCAUCAGGAGAUCCCUGCCGGAGUGCCCAGUUGCCAAUAAGACGUGUCUCCCUGGUCAGGCUUGGAGCUCCGGGCUAUGCCAGUGUAGCUCGGCUGCCAGUGUGAACCAACCCCCUUUACCACCACCACCUCCUUCAUGGCAGCCGCAACAGAACCUCGACAUCUUCUCUGCAGAUGUGUGUGGCUCCGAUAAGGAGCUGGAUGUAGAGACCUGUCAGUGUGUGUGUCGGCGUAGGGAUCCCAGUGACGGCUGUGGGCCCCAACCAACAUGUGGACGCAACACCUGCCAGUGCGUCUGCAGCACCGCCUUCACCCCAUCCUGUCCAGUCAACCACGUCUUCAGCACAGACACCUGUCAGUGUGUGUGUGCCCGGACGUGUCCGAGGCACCAGCCGCUCAACAGAACCAAGUGUUCCUGUGAAUGUAUUGAAUCACCAAACAAGUGCUUCCUGAAAGGACGGCGCUUCCAUGUAGCUACCUGCAGCUGUGUUCGACCUCCCUGCGAGGUCAGAAGGCGAAGGUGUGAACCAGGAUUCUCCUUCAGCGAGGAAGUGUGUCGCUGCAUCCCAUCCCACUGGAGGCGGCUGGACUGACCGUCCCCAAGAGACCUGCUGGUUAUCAGCUGUGAUGGCAGCUAAGUGUGUAAUACCUUGAUGGGUAUGUAAAGGCCUGAAUGACUGGAGCGCAGAUAUGGAACCUGGUGAAUUGUGGGAAAUACACUGACUCUGCUUUGAGGAUGUUUAAUUGGGAGCGUGACUGAUUCAAGCCCUGGACUAAAAGAGACACACUCACAACUUUUUCUGUGUUCUUGUAUUAAUUUUGUCUCUAUGUUUUUAUGUCAGAUAUUGAUUAUAUAAUUUAUUAAAUAUUAUUUCAUGAA